AUGAGUAAUAAACAUAAUGUUUACCAUUAAAGCUAAUAAAAAAGUAAGAAUAUUUAGUAGCACAGUAAUUAGUUUUAAAAGCAUAGUCAAAACCAUACUUAUGAAUAGAUGAUUAAAUUAUCUUCUACUGCAAAAUACUACAAAUGCAACAAAGAUGAAAUAGAUAUAAAUGCACAACCAUUAUAUAAUUCAUAAAAUAAUCCUAAUAUAGAUCAUCAAGUAUUAUUUGCUUCAUUAAAGAUUCAUAGUUCAUAGUAGUAAUCUGGAAACCAAACUCCUAAAAUACCUAAGCUAAAUCUAAAUAGUUAAACAAAGGUUAUUCCUAACGUUUCUUUUGGAUAUCCUAGAUUAUACGAAGAUAAAAAGUAAUAUUUCACCAGAUAAUCAGCAAUAGUAUAAAAUAACCCAGCAUAUUAACAAUAUUAUAAAAAUUAUGUAAAUGAUAAUUUUUAAGUGAAUGAAUACUUUUAAGCAAGCUAAUGA